AUGUCCCCGAUUUCUGAUUUAUUUAACUUGACGUACCCGGAGUCGUCCCCAGUCAACCGGAGUUCAGUUGAUGAAAUGGCUACCCACAUCUUGUCCAAGCGGAUAGCUCCAACGGCGGAGGGUAAUUCGACAGCUGGACAGGCUUGUGUGGCUCGUAUCGCCUCGGAAGGCGUCUUCAUUCUUGAACCAGGUGACAGUGGUGUCGUGUUGAGUCACUUCAAGCUCCCGCAGGUUGUCCACUGCGCUGACAUGAGCAGCAUUCAGCCUGGGUAA